AAAAUCGUACACCAUUAUGCUUAUUAGAUUUUUGAACAUUGUAAAUGCAGUCAUCACUGGCCAGGAAUGUUAAAACAAAUGUAUUUUAGUUUAAAUAAUUCAACACACUUUAAAUAAUUGUUAAUUAAUCAAAGGAAAUGUAUAUUGUUAUUUAAAAGCAUGGAUGUACCAUUCAAUACACCAUUCUCUUCGAAAUCAACUGUUAGACUGAAAUUUUGUACUUUAUAAAAGUUCUUUUAUAUAUUGAUUGUUAUUUAUAUGACUUUCAGAACAGUAAAUUUUAUUUAUAAGGAAUAUUAUUUACAUUAUACGUAUAUAGCCUUCGGGAGAAGUCAUAUAAACAACAAAUCUAUAAAAGAACAUAUAGAGGACAACGAGCUAGUCUAUCGGAGGAUUUCGGAGAGGACGGUUCAUCGAACGAUACAUUCAGGUUUCUAAACAACAAUAUACAUUUCUUUCGAUUAAUUAACAAUCAUUUAAGAGAAAUAAUUUAAACGAUGUAUGAAUCAACUAUUGAUGACAUUUUACAAACGCAUCUACCAGAUGAGGUUUUACCAGAAGUUAAUCGUCUUUUGUAUGGUCGUCAAAUAAAAAAGUUAGAUUUACCAGAAUGGAAAGAAAGCAACGAUUUAGAAAGAAAAGGUUGGAUUCUAGAUAGUAUCGUUGAAGAACAAUUACGUCCUAAACGCAUUGUCCGUGUAGGAUUAAUUCAACAUUCAAUCGUUCUACCAACAACAGAUCCAGUAGAAAAUCAAAGAAAUGCGAUACAUAAUAAAAUAAAAGAAUAUAUUGAUUAUGCGGCUACUUGCAAAGUUAAUAUUAUUUGUUUACAAGAAGCUUGGACUAUGCCAUUCGCUUUUUGUACAAGAGAAAAAUAUCCAUGGUGUGAGUUUGCCGAAGAUGCUAAAAAUGGUCCAUCAAGUUUAUUAUUAUCAAAAUUAGCAAAAGAACAUAAUAUGAUUAUUAUUUCUCCAAUUUUGGAAAGAGAUAGUAUUAAUGGAGAUACUUUAUGGAAUACAUCUGUUAUUAUUAAUGUAGAUGGUAAAAUUAUUGGUAAACAUAGAAAAAAUCAUAUACCUCGUGUUGGAGAUUUCAAUGAAUCUACUUAUUAUAUGGAGGGAAAUACAGGACAUCCUGUUUUUGAUACUUGUUACGGGCGUAUUGCUGUUAAUAUUUGUUAUGGGCGUCAUCAUCCUUUAAACUGGCUUAUGUUUGGAUUAAAGGGAGCAGAAAUUGUCUUCAAUCCAUCGGCCACUGUUGGUAAUUUAUCUGAACCCUUAUGGCCUAUAGAAGCAAGAUGUGCUGCAAUUGCUAACAACUAUUUUACAUGUGCCAUCAAUAGGGUUGGGACUGAAGUAUUUCCUAAUAAAUUUACAUCGGGUGAUGGAAAACCAUCUCAUUAUGACUUUGGACACUUUUAUGGCUCCUCCUAUAUUACUGCGCCUGACGGAACACGUACCCCAGGUUUAAGUAGAUCUAAUGAUGGAUUACUUAUUGCAGAUUUGGAUCUCAAUCUCUGCAGACAAGCAAAAGAUUUGUGGGGAUUUAGAAUGACCCAACGACUAGACAUGUAUGCUAAUGAACUUGUUAAAAUUGUUCAACAAAAUUAAAUAUUGUUAUCGUAUAAAUUUAAUUUUUCACUUUAUUAAUCUUAUAUAUAUAUA